CUCUUUCUGAGGGCACUGAAGUACAGUGAAGCAAAGUAGUGGGUCGGAGUUCUGAGCUGGCUUGAAAGGCACCACUGACAUGACUAACAGAACAAACUCCUCUGAGUAUUUCUGGUCUUACGAAUAUUACUGGGAUUACAUAGAUCCAAUUCCAGUAGAUGGAAGCAAGUUGAAGGUUAAUAAAUACUCCAUCGUCAUUGCCUUUUGGGUCGGCCUUGCUGCAUUUGUGACGUUUCUUUUCCUUAUUUUACUGGGUAUGUCCUGCUCUGGAUCAACGCCAAACACGGCUGUGAACGGGAGAGCGGGGUCGGGCAGGAGUUCAUUAGGCAGUGACAGCACUCGCGCUAAUUAAUGGGCACGAGAGCACCCAGAGC